AUGCCUCUCUACGAAGUCCACCACUCCCACGCAUUGACAGAGUCGCAGCGUGUAGAGCUCGCUGGGGCGAUAACUCGACUUCACGCUACAACGUUUACCACGCCGUCGAUAUUCGUUCACGUGCGCUUUAUUCAUGAAGAUCCGAGCGAUGGGAGCUAUUUCAUCGCCGGCACGCCACGACACACCAGUUUGAACAGUAUUAUCGCGCACGUCCGCACGUCCCCGGCGCGCACCAAGGCCGACUUUGACCAGCUCGCACAGCGCAUCGAGGAGGCGUGGUAUCAUGCGUUGGGGGUUGGUCCGGCUAGCAGCGACGAGUUGGUCCCAUCUGGAGCUGGGGAGAAGAAGCUCAUUGCCGUCGCAUUCUUUCCCAUGCUGACGGCUCGAGAGCUUGGUCUGACGAUACCCGAGGCAGGGAAGGAGGUCGAGUGGUUCAAGGAGCAACUUCCUCUGAUUAAAAAGACGGCUGAUUCCCAAGGAGGGGACUUUGCUCAUAUGCUGAAUGAGUUUAAGGAGCGGGAGGACCUGCGCAAGUUGCUGGCUUAG